AAGAGCCUCACUACGACAGGACGAAACGGCGAACGCCGUUCCCACCAUGUUCCAAGGCCUAGAGUAGAGUAGUUAGGGUAGGUAGACCGCCAAUCAAUCAACGCGUCCACCUGUGACACUUGAGGCACAUCCGUCCCACGCAGUGCACUUACGCGCCAUUCACUCUCACGCCCGCGAAACCCGCACCUCACGAGUCACGCUUCUUCUUUCUGCGCGCCACAGCAGCAGGAUGUCAGCAGAUGCGUACGGCAAUCCGAACCCGAACCCGCUCCCGAACCCGCUCCCGAACCCGCUCCCGAACCUUACCGUCGUCACCGGAUCUCGGCCGCAGCUGCCGGUCUGGCGUGCGUGCGAGGAGUGCAAGAUCCGCCGCGUCAGAUGCACUCAUAAGCAGGCUAUGUUGCUGCCGCUCAAGGGACCCGACGAGCCCGCCGGUAUUCGCCCCGUCGAGGAUUAUCCCUAUCAGCCGUCGCCGUUCGGACGGCAGCCGAAGGUGAGGAUGCCGAGAGUGAGGAGGCCGCCGAAGAAGCGGGCUGGGAGGAAGCGGGAGUGGGAGGAUAGUGAUGAGGAGGAGGAGGAUGAUGAGGAGGAGGAUGAGGAGGAGGAUGAUAAUGAGGAAGACGAAGACGAGGAAUUUGGUGAUGAUAUUGAGGGGGAGGACAACGAUAAAAACGACGAAGGCCUGGCUGGAGAAGAGGAGGAUGGAAAAGCUAGGCACGAUGCGCAGAACGGCG